AUGGUACGCUCAUUAUUUUCAAAACAACCAUCAUUUUGGAAAGCAUGGCGGCAACUUCUCAGUAGUAUUUACCUAAAAAUAUCUUCUUUAACUCUUUAUGUCCUCCGCCUCAAUGUAUCACACCCGAAUGCAAACUCGCCCGAGCUGGUUACGCUACCCGCCGCAUCUUUCCCGGGCUCGACUGCCCUCUUUUUCCGUCUACGUCCAGGUAUCAUUCUGAAAGCUCCUGUCAAGGUAGGCGAAGAUGAGAUUUUGCGAAAGCGAGACAAUGUGGAUCAUUACUUUAGCAUCGAAAAGCAGAUCCUUGGCAGGCUAGGCUCACGAACCGAAUUCCCGACUGGCCUGCUCUUUGCUGAGGCUAGUCACGGAAAUCUCCAGUCCUUCUUGCAUCAGUAUGGCAACGAAAUUGCACCGAGCCUUCGCCAUAAAUGGUUUAUUCAGGCAAUUGAAUGCAUCCUGUUUAUCCACAGCAAGGGUGUUAUACACUGCGAUCUAAGACCCGAGAACUUCCUCGUUCAUGGCGCAUUGCCUCUAUCGCUCGACUUGUGCCUAUGCGACUUUGGCGGAUCAACUUGCGAGGACCUCCAGCUUUCCGGCGGAAAACUUCCCAACUCUGGCUUUUUUAACCCAAACGAUGCCUGGGAAGCGACUUAUGCCGUUGAUAUUUUUGCCCUUGGAUCUGUCCUGUAUACCAUUAUUACAGGUCGGUGGCCUUUUCGUGCAACUACUGGCGAAUUUACUUCCGUGGAGGAAAUGGAGGAAUACGAUGCAUAUGUAGAUGGCCGCUUUGCUGAUGGCAUUUUCCCGGAAGUUGAGGGAGUUUUCGGCGGUGAGAUUAUUCGGGGAUGUUGGACAGGUCAAUUCUCUCGCGCUGCAGAUAUUAUGGCAAGUGUUUCCCAGUUACAAAUCAAGUACUAG